GAUCACGUGACGGGGGUAAAGUGGGAGUAAGCGGCGGAUUGCGGCGCGGAGAGGGAGCCGUGGAGUAAUGGAGUAAUGGCAUUCGAACCCGCCCGUGUCUGGCUGAUUUGCCUUGAUAAGUGUCAUGUUUGGGAGGAUCAUGAUCGCCUGGAGAUGACCGGCGACGGGCCUGCUUGUACGCUUUAAUUUAAAGGACACUGUUCUUUUAUUGUCCAGGCCACCGCUUACUGUCCUUCUGUUACUGACAAAAUGCAAUGAACACUUCGGGAAAGUGGUUGGUUUUCACACCCAGGACCCCUGCAAUUGCUUUCCAGACCCCCAGGGGGUGGUGGACCUGAGGUAUAAACCCUGUACCCUACAGCAAUGACCGGGUUGGAAAAUGCUGUUCUGCAGGACCCUGUAUAAGUAAGGUUCUGGGUGCUGAUGUCUGGAAAUCUCUACUUGAAACAGUGAAGAGGGGGUCGAUUUUCAGCGGGGGUGAGUGACCUUGAAGACACGAACCACCAUUAUGGGUGUCCUGGCCAUGGUGUAAGGGGGGGCCAUGAAGCUGAACGAGCGCAGCGUGGCUCAUUAUGCCACUUGUGACUCCCCACCUGACAAGACUGGCUUUCUGUACAAGAAGGGGGAACGCAACACAGCAUACCACCGGCGCUGGUUCAUCCUUAAGGGAAACAUGCUGUUCUACUUCGAGGACCGGCUGAGCCGCGAGCCCAUCGGCGUCAUCGUGCUGGAGGGCUGCACCGUAGAGUUGUGCGAGUCCGUCGAGGAGUUUGCCUUUGCUAUCAAGUUCGACUGCGCCAGGGCCCGCGUCUACAAGAUGGCUGCCGAGAGCCAGGCCGGCAUGGAGUCAUGGGUGAAGGCGCUGUCACGGGCCAGCUUUAGCUACAUGCGGCUGGUGGUGCAGGAGCUGGAGAGGCAGCUGGAGGACAUGCAGGAGGCCGGGGCGGCGGCGGCACUGCAGGGCAGGCCCCGGUCAGGCAGGAAGCCACUCCAGCAGGGGAACCGGCCCAAGGCCACGGUGCCAGCGGGGCUGGCUGGUCCAGCUCGCAGCCACCAUGAAGAGAUCCUCCUCCUGCCCGGAAACUCCAAGGAGAACGGGGUGGCCUGGAGCAAGCCUGCAGCCCUGCCGAAUGGCUAUGAGGGCCCCCCGCCCUCCCAGGCCUCUGAGCAUGGUGCCAAUGGGCCUCCUCCAGUUCCGCCCCGCAGGCGGGGAACUUCUGCGCUCUCCACCUCCUCCUUGGAGAACCCCGUUUCCCCAGGGACCGGAUGCUUCGCCAGGCUGCACGAGUGGUAUGGCAAGGAGGUGGCCGACCUGCGGCAAGAGUGGCUGCAGAGUCAGUGAGAACCUGUCCCCUCGGCAUGCUGGCGUCCAAUUCGAUUCAGGGCAGCAUCUGCCAGACCUGCACACCUUAAAUCCUUCCACUUUUUCACUACAACUCUUCUAAUGCUUUUUAGCAUAAUGACUCGUAACCCUGUCACCUGAUUGUCCGACUGGGUAUUUUUAUAGUUUUUUUUUUUUUUCCAGGAAUUUAAGGGUCUGGUUCCUUUCUUGGUUUUACUGGCGUUACCGUUGUUUUAUAGAGACAACUGUCACCAUUUUUGGUGUUUUUCUUCAUUGUUCUGUGUCCAUGUUUGUUGUAUGCAAGUCUGUAUCAUGUUUCAAAACAUUUUUAAAGACCAAAUAUCCAGGCGUGCAGGGGAUGGACCUGCAGAUGGGGCUUGACCACUCCAGUCCUUUUUGUAGUUUUCAGUAUAGCAUAAAUAUUGGUUUGAGUAUUGGGGGAUAAUUAAGGCUCACAGCCAAUGAUCUUUGUGCUGUUUGUAGAAUUUUAACCUAUCUAACUGACCACAGUGCAGCAUAACAACCCUGUAGUCUCUAAAGGGGUACAGUCACCAUGUGUCGUGCCUUUUUAAAUUGUAAAUGCUAUUUGUCAUCACUUGCUUUAUCCUGUGCCCAGUGCCAAAACAUUUAACCUGUGGGGAAGCUUCUUGCAUGAUUCAUGUGUUUUCCUGUUAAAGCACACAGCUACAUCUACUACAGUAUUUAAUAUUCUGAUGUAAAUCUGUAUUAACUACAUGUGCGUACAGUGCUGAUGGGAACUCGACAGAGUCCGGGUCUGAGGGGACCUGAAGUCGCAGUUCCUGCUUGAAAAUGUGCCACUUUGUCUGAAUUACAGCACUUCUGCAAAGACUUGCUGAAAUGCCUCCAGACUGGAAAAAGUGAUGUCAAAUUGUAGGAAGUUGUUGCUGCUAAAGGUGGUGCGACCUGUUUUUAAGUCUAUGGAGGAAAUAUAAUUUUUUUCUUAAAAAAAGACCCCUUUGUACAGUUUAAUGAUCUGAAUCCAGUCUGACAAACAUGCAAGAGGAACUCUCGAUAGUACUUUUACAUGGCACUGUAUAAUAUAGCAACAUAUUAGACACAGUACACCAAUGAUCGUAUUUUAAGUGUGUCAUUAAAACUUAAACUUCUUUUUUUAUUAAAUGUAAAAAAAAAAGCUCCUCACUAAGGAAAUGGAGGCAAGGAAACGCACAUGCUUAUUGCCAGUUUGUAUAAGGGGACAAAUGCAAUAAAAGCAUGAAUCAAGCUGUAA